GGAAGAUCGUGAAGAAGAGGACGAAGAAGUUCAUUCGUCCUCAAUCCGAAAGGAAGAUAUGUGUGAAGCCAAACUGGAGGAAGUGGAAGGGUAUCGAUUCCCGCGUUAGGUGUAGGUUCAAGGGAACGACGUUGAUGCCAAAUAUUGGUUAUGGGUUGAACAAGAAGACGAGGCAUAUUCAUCCCAACUGUUUCAAGAAGUUUGUCUUCGACAACGUCAAGGAGCUGGACACUCUUCUCAUGCACAACAGGGUCUUUUGUAUUGAGAUCGCUCACGCUGUUUCCACUCUGAAGAGGAAGGCCAUCAUGGAGAGGGCAGCACAGCUGAACAUCAGAGUUACGAACGGAGCAGUUUGUCUGCACAGCCAGGAGGACGAAUACAAAUUCUACGAAGUUGAUGUGAACAGCGUGCCCGGAUCACUUGUCAAGAGAAGCGGUAUAACUAAAAUGCCCACCAUCCAGCUGUGGAAGGAUGGAGAAAAGCAAGCCGAGGUGUCUGGCGGCAGUGAGGCGUGGGUGGUGAUUGAUAAAGUGAAAGAUAUGAUUCGGAAUGGCUGAUGAUGCCUACCCUGUUUGAGGCUGUGAGCCAAGGAUGGCCUGCAUGGCUGCCACGGCCAACUAACCAACCAUCUGGAAUUCUUGUCAGCUAUCGCGUGCACAACGGUGCCUUGAAAGCUGAAACAUACAAGCAAGCUUCAAACAGAGCAAUCCCCAAGCCGGCAAUGCAUCAGCCCAUUCUUGAAUGUCGUACUUUGGUGGCUGCUGCGUCUUUUUUUUCUUCUUUUUUUUAAUAUUUUUUUUACCAUUUGUUCUGCAAAGUGUGCUCUUUUAGUUCAUACUUCAUACUAACUUCAUAGAUAUGUGACAAUAUAUAGCCUCCUGAUCAGUUGGUGAAACUCGGAUGAAACAGUCUUUCACAGCUCCUCAUUUGUUGUGCUCUCCUGCGUCUCUGCCUACCGUUUAGCGGACAGUUCUGUUCACGAUAUAUAUCCAUAUCUAUGUACAGCCCCGGAUGAGAUGUUGAAACUACGACGAAACAGUUUGCCACGGCCACUCGUUUGUUGUCCUCUUCUCCCUCUCUGCCUACAGUUUGACGAUAUAUGUACAUAUAUUAUAUAUAUAGAUGAGUCGGUGAAACUCCGACGAAACAGUUUGUCACAGCCCCUCGUUUGUUGUCCUCUUCUCCCUCUCUGCCUACAGUUUACCGGGCAGUUCUAUUUGACGAUAUAUAGUAUAUACACAUUAGACACACAUAAAGGUUGGACGCACAUAUACUCAGUCUGCAAGCAGACCAAUGCUGUGGAUGCUGACCAAUGAUUAGGCGGUCGCAGUCAAAGUCUGCCCAGUCGGAAUCGGAGGGUGAAACAGAGCGGAAAGUUGGGAGGUGGUAGACAUAGACUACUCCAUGUGAAUUGUGAGAAAGACGAUUGCAGAAUGUCAACGAGCGGAGACAGUUCGAGUCCGUUGUGGAAUGGUUCAACAUAGAAGCGACUUUUCCUCCGAUUAGCAGCAGCUGUGCUUUGCUGAGGUGUACGCUGUGUGUACGCUGUGUGUACGCUGUGUGUACGCUGUGUGUACGCUGUGUGUACGCUGUGUGUACGCUGUGUGUACCCCUGGGGAUUUUGAUCGCUGCAGGGGAAUGUCGGCAUGAGAGUGUAGACGAUAAUUGGGCUCGGGCGCCACUGUGCCCUGUGCCUUUUACCCUAGAAAGAGACCCUGAGCCCCGCUCUUGUGUCCGUAGUAGGGUUCUUUGGAGGCCUCUCUGUGCAGAGUGAUAUAGGGCCUGCCAUGAGAGAACAGCCCCCUGCAGGGGUGAUGGUCGACGGUUCAAGUCCCCAUGUGAUCAUUAACAAAAAUGCAAUUCAGUA